UCCUCUCCAUCGUCAUGGCUUUUCAGAAAAACGCAGAGCACUUUGUGGGAUACGUCAUGCAGAGACCAGUACUGGGCUACGUCUCGGGGGUUCCGCUGGUCCAAAGGACAUGUGACACAUGGAGCGAUAUUUUAAAUUUCCAGGCGCACCCUGAGGACAUCCUGGUGGCCGCCUACCCAAAAGCAGGUAUCACCUGGCUGCAGGAGAUCGUGGAUAUGAUCUUCACGGACGGCGAUGUAGAGAAGUGCCGCAGAGCACCGACCUACGACAGACACCCCUUCAUUGAGGCUGUAGCCCCAAAACCUGUUCCGUCAGGGCUGCAGCUCGCGCAAAGCAUGAAGCCACCGCGCAUUUUAAAGACCCACCUCCCGGUACACGUCCUCCCUCCGUCAUUCUGGGAUCAGGACUGUAAGAUUAUAUACAUUGCUAGGAAUGCCAAGGACAGCAUGGUCUCCUACUUCCACUUCCAGAGGAUGAACAGGGGUCUCCCGGAGCCCGGAAACUGGGAGACGUACUUCUCAACGUUCCUGUCCGGAGAUGUGCCCUGGGGAAGCUGGUUUGACCACGUACUCGGAUGGUGGAACGCCAAAGAUCACCGCCAAGUGCUUUACAUCUUCUAUGAGGACUUGAUUGAGGAUCCGAGGCGUGAGAUCUGUAAAGUCGUGAGGUUCCUGGGAAAGGAUCUUUCGGGGGAAGUCCUGGAGAAGAUCUACCAGCACACCACCUUCCAGGCUAUGAAGGAGAACCCAAUGGCCAAUUACAGCACCAUCCCGGCAUUUGUCAUGGAUCAGUCCAUCUCGUCCUUCAUGAGAAAAGGUGUGGUGGGGGAUUGGAGGAACCAUUUCACCGUCUCCCAAGACACAAUAUUCGAGGAGGAAUACAAGAGGAGGAUGGAAGGGAAAGGAUUGGUUUUCCGCACGCAGCUCUGACCGCCAUCGUCCUUCGCGGCGGCGAUUCCAUUAUUAUUUUUUUUCUUCCACUGACUUGCAAAAUUUGCACUGGGCUCGCCGACCUCCAAUUUUUAAUUUCA